AUGUCCUCAAAUUCCACUCAACAACGCCCCGUCAGCGUGCUAUUUGUCUGCCUGGGCAACAUCUGUCGGUCAACCAUGGCUGAGGGUGUCUUCCGGAACGUCGCUGAUGCCCAUCCUAUUAUCGGCGAGAUCGACUCCGCCGGCACAGGCGCUUAUCACAGCGGCGAAGGCCCCGACAGUCGGACCAUGUCCACCCUGCGCCGCCACGGGAUUACCAACUACCAACACGCUGCCCGCAAGGUCACCAAGGAUGAUUUCUUGAAGUUUGACUACCUGCUCGCUAUGGACAAGUACAAUUUGCGUGAUCUGCUGGAUGUGCGCGAGUCGGUUAUUACGUCGUUGCGCCGCAAGGCUGACCCCAAGUCUGCUGCGAAGAAUACUCGUGCUGCGUCUGAGGCGGCCAUUGGUGCGCAGGGUGUGGACGCUCAAAUCGCUGAGGUGCGGCUCUUUGGUGACUUUGGAAGAGGUGGAAAGCUGCACGAUCGUGUUGGUUGUGGUGAGGUCGUUGAAGAUCCUUACUACGGCGGCGCAAACGGGUUUGAGGAGGUUUACAAACAGGUAGUCAGAUUCUCCCAGGGCUUUAUCGACUAUCUCGAGAGGAAGGAGUAG